AUGUCUGCAGAUCAUACUAGAGAUCCAUGUCCUAUUGUUAUCUUAAAUGAUUUCGGUGGUGCUUUUGCUAUGGGUGCCAUUGGUGGUACUGUAUGGCAUGGUAUUAAGGGUUUCAGAAACUCUCCCUAUGGUGAAAGAUUCAUUGGUGCCAGUGCUGCUGUAAGAGCCAGAGCUCCUGUUGUGGGAGGUAAUUUUGGUGUUUGGGGUGGUUUAUUUUCAACUUUUGAUUGUACUGUUAAAGCAGUUAGAAAGAGAGAAGAUGCCUGGAAUGCCGUUAUCGCUGGUUUCUUUACCGGUGGUGCUUUAGCUAUUAGAGGUGGAUGGAGACAUACUAGAAAUUCUGCUAUUACAUGUGCUUGUUUAUUAGGUGUAUUUGAAGGUGUCGGUAUGAUGAUGCAAAGAGUAAUGGCUCAACCAGCUGUUGCUCCAGUAUAUCCCGAUGAACAGCCAUUAGCUGCUUAA